GGGUGUGGCUUACCCGGGCUGGGUGUGCCCAGCUGCUUAUUUCCCUGCUUAUCUCGGCCCAAGCCUUUAUUCUGUGCUUUCCAGUCCAAAGUUCACCUUCCUUGGCAGAGAAAGGGCAGCUGCUCCCUCACUGUUAAUGCAUCGUGAGCUGGAAGGGGUUGUAGGCCCUGAUUUGUCAGAUUGGUCCCAUGGUCAAGGGCAGGCAGACUUGAAGGCAGCAAAAGGAGAGGCAGAAAUGUGGCAUCACCAUCCAGGAGGGCCGCCCCCGGGGCCAGGUGGGCACCCCCAUCAUGGCCCCCACCCUCACGGCCCCCACCAUCAUGGCCACCACCACCCCGGUGGUCCUCCACAUGGCCCAUGGAUGGGCCCAGGAGGACCCCACUGCCCUCCUCCACCACCCUGUGGCCAUCCUCCUCCUCCUCCUCCUCCUCCUCCAGGCGGGCAUCAAAAACAUAUUCACUAUAAGGGAUUCCAUCUUUCAUGGAAUUGAGCUCAUUUAUUCAACAAACAGCAAGCAUGUGACUGGUGUGCUCAGCUGAGUUCCUGGAUCUCUCUACUUUUUUAUCACAUGCAUUCAGAUAAGAAGAUUUGGAUUCGAAUUCUGCCACUGUCACCUGGGAUAGCCACUUCACCGUUGUCUGCCCCACUUUCAUCAUCUGUCAAAUGCGGGUGCUAAAAGCCCUUAUUUCAUAGCAUUGCUGUGAGGAGAAAAUGAGCUAAUAAAUAGAAAGCACUGUG